AUGGUGAAUAAGUUGAAGGAAAAUAUUUGCAAACCAUUCGAAAUCAAAUACACAAACAAUUCAUCAAUCAUUUUCUCUAAAGACAUUGAAGACUUCGAAAACUUGAAAAAGGCAUUAAGAGUGGGAAAAGUGCAAUUCCAUACUUAUUCAAGAAGGAAGGAUAGAGCUCAUGCAUUCGUUCUUCGUGGCUUAGCCGAAGGUCUACAAAUAAUAGAUAUAAAAGAGGAACUCAAGAAAACAUACAAAAUUCACAUCAAAGAUAUUUUCAGAAUGACCACGAAAGGUAGACCUCUCUACCUAGUAGUGACCGAUUCGAAAGUCACUUUGGACUUUCUAAACAAAAACGUAAAGGUGGUAGAACACACGAGAAUUCAAUGGGAACAUCGUAGGGAGACAAAACCGAUAAUACAAUGCCACAUUUGCCAGCAAUGGGGACAUGCGACUUCAAAUUGUGGUAAAACACCGAGAUGCCUGAAAUGUGCUGGACAACAUCUCACACCGGAAUGUCCCAAGGAGAGAAGUAAACCCGCGAGGUGCGCAAACUGCAGGGGUGGCUUGAGGAAAAAAGAAAUGUAUACACUAAACCGGACCCAAAAUAAACAAGAUUUUCCCAGCUUACCUAAAAAACAAAACUCCCAACCGAUUCCGCAAACCACUUCCCUUCAACCCACUUCCCAAAACAAAAUAACAAGUCAAACAGCAGAUACUGACGUGGACAAAUUUAAUGAAUUAAACAGUAUGUUCAAAGAGCUACACUCAUUGGUAAAAUUGGAUGAACUAACCAGAGCCGUCGCAGAUCUGCUACAAGAAAUGAGGAAGGCGACCAACAAAUUAGAAAAAUUCACAAUCUACAAUAACUUUGUUGCUGGUAUAGACAACUAUGACAUCUAUGCAGGACAUUACCCUAAUAAGCUCAAAAUCGCCAACAUCGUUCCCAUUAUCAAAGCUAAUAAACAACCAUACUAUGUGGAUAGUUACAGACCUAUAUCCUUGCUCAAUAAUAUUGCAAAGGUGAUAGAUAAAGUAAUUCACAAAAGAUUAUAA